AUGAACGGCGAGUCCUCCAAGGUAGGGCUCUUGUCCCUACCACCAGAGAUUCUCGACAGCAUUGCAGGCUAUGCUGCCAUCUCCGACACGUCCUUCGAGUCCUCUUCUACUUCUGCGCCAUGCAGCUUUCUCUACAACUCCUCGCUACGAGAAUCAAAGGUCGUCACUCCACCUACAGACCUGCAUGCUUUCCAGCUCGUCUGCAGGCGCCUUCACUCGCUCCUCAGCCUCGAAUCAAAUCCGCAUCUCUACGCUCGAGUGUUCUGCAGCAAGUUCGACACGGCCGCCAUCGGGCGACGGUUCGGUAAAACCGCAUUGACAGCACACCACCUAGCCAACGAGCUUCGUCGACGAUGCAUCCUGCUCAAACGCAUGCGAAAGUGCGUUGUCACCGCAGCGCAGCGUCCAGAUGACGGCGCGACUCUGCUCGAGGAUGAUGAAUCCAUCACCGAGAUGCUUUGGCUGGCGUAUCUGAUGAUGCUCGAGAAUGACGGACUCAAUUACGAGCAGCUAUGCUGGGCGCAGCUACACAGCUUUUUGGCGCUUCAUCAUGCCACCGAGAUGCUGGACAGCGCAGUACAAGCAGGAUACCCAUCGGAUGCCGUCCAUAAGGCGCUGGCGUUGCACUUGGUCUACUUGCUCACCGAUCCCGAGCAGCUGGCUUUCGAGCCCAAGGGAGAAGCGAUCGAGCGAUUGUUCAUCCUGCGACCUUUCGUGUUCGCAGCGCACAAGUUCGACGCUUUCAUGGCACCAUGGACGCUCCGUAAUCUGCCAACAUCAAAUCAGAGCAAGAGUGCAAACGGCUCGAAGUCUAGCGAUACCCAACAAUCGACAGAGGAAGCGCAGCAAGCGCCCGGUGGACCAACACUAGCAACGAACCCAUUCUUGGCCGACCUCACGCCUCGCGACCGCAGCUGCCUGGUGGACCACAUUGGCGGACAGCUCCGCAUUGCCCCACCUAUCCUCGCCCAAGGUGCCUGCUUUUCCUUCUUCAUGAAAGUCGAGAAGGACCAAGCGGUCCAGAGCAUGGCCGCGCUCUCCGACCCAGACGAUCCGAGCUCCGAGACUACCGUCCGCCAACCCGCAUCCACCCGUCCCCCACUCACACUGACCUCCUCGGACCACGACAAGGACGUGACCCGCCUGCUCUCGUGCCUCGAUCCCACACGCUCGCCCGGCCUACCCCCCCUGUUCUUCAAAGGCAUGUUCGAAGGCAUCUGGGAAGGCCGCUUUAGCUUCUUCGACUUUGACUCGUACCGCGAGAUGCUGGCGGGUCGCAUGCGCAGUUUGUACGAAGGGCCAUUCGGGGAGCAGCCGCAGAUCUGGAAGAUCCGGGAGAAGAUCGUUCAGCUCGGACCGGGCGAUGUCGAAGGAGGGAAGGGGAGCAUAUUGGCUGCUGGUUAUACGACGACUGAGCCGCACGGGGAUGCCAGCUUGGCAGCAGCGGCACUGGCGGUGGAUACGAAGGGAAAGUCCAAAGCGUUGCCACAGGACUGGGAUCGGUACCCGUCGUUCCCGGACGAAGACGGCAGGGAGAGGUACGAGAUCCUCCUGUCGGGAACGGGCCAUUCUGCCUGGGGUCGUUUUGUCGUCCGCGGUCGAGUAAGGAGCUGGGAUGGAAUGCUCAUCAUGACGAAGGAGUACCGUCCAGACGGGAGAGGCAAGUGGCUGUAUCGAGGUUACUCGGUGGCAGGGGGCAAGCUCGUCGGCAGAUGGAGGGACACUUUUACGCCCGACAACAUGUAUGGCUACGAGGGAUGCUUCCUUUUCCAACGACGAGGGGCGUGA